AUGGAAAAGUUCGAUAUCGCCGUCGUAGGCCUCGGUGCCCUUGGAAGCGCAGCAGUCUGGCAAGCCGCGCGAAAAGGAGCAAAGGUUGUGGGCUUUGAACAGUUUGAGUUCGGCCAUGUCCGUGGCGCAUCCCACGACACGUCUCGCAUUGUCCGCACUGCAUACGAUGCUCCAGAAUACGUCUCGCUCGCCAAAGCCGCCUACAAAGACUGGGCCGACCUGGAGAAAGACGCCGGAUUGAAGCUCUUGACCGUCACAGGUGGCAUUGUUGUACUUGCGAAUGAUCGCACCUGGUCAUCUGGCGUCAAGGUCUCGGAUUACACUGCGAGCCUCGAAGCCAACAACGUACCCUACGAGCUGCUGAACGCUACAGAGGUCAAUAUGCGAUGGCCAAAAUUGGAUAUUGGUGCUGACGAGAAUGCCGUGUAUACCCCGGAUACUGGUAUUGCGCACGCGGCCAAGUCUGUUAUAGCGAUGCAAUUCGCUGCUCGUGCUUACGGAGCCAUUUUGAAGGAAAAUACUCCAGUGACUGCAAUUAUCCCCAUUACGAAAGAUCUCAACAAAGGAGUCAUCGUCAAAACAAAGCAGGGCGACUUCCAAGCUCGCAAGGUCAUUCUAGCUGCAGACGCCUGGACCAACAAACUGCUUGCUCCUCUGGGUGCCCAAAUCCCACUUGAGGUUAUGCAAGAGCAAGUAACUUACUUCAAGCCAAAAGAGCCCGGCUUAUUCAAUGCCAGUCACUUUCCUGUGUGGAUUCGAGUGGUUGACGGAAAGACAUUCUACGGAUUUCCGACCUUUGGCGAACCUACCAUCAAGGCUGGCCGCGACGUAUCAAACAACCACAUGAGCCCUGAAGAACGAUCCUAUACCCAUUCCCCGAAGCUGUUGAAUGAGUUGGCCGCAUUCAUGAAGGAUUUCACAUCCAAAGAUGAGGAACUUGACAUCCUUCGCACGGUUACCUGCCAGUAUACGAUUACCCCAGGUCGGCAUUUCAUACUCAGCGCGCUUGAUGAGUAUCCCGACAUCUUGGUUGCAUUAGGGGCGGCUCACGGUUUCAAAUUCGCACCAGUCAUCGGUCGUGUCAUGGCGGAACUGGCUAUAGAUGGAAAGACAACAGAGGAUCUCUCCAAGUUUGUCAUCCCAGCGAUUCAAUCAGCUAUUCGAAGCAAGAUCUAG